AGCCGAAAGAGCAUCCUCUUACAGAACAAGUUGAUGAUGAGAGGAACUAUGGAAUGGCCAGCAGAGAAACACAUGAUGAAUAACAACCCAGAAGAUAAAUCUGAGAACAACACCAUAAAGGUCUCCUUGGAUGCACUGCCAUCAGGUAAUAGUGCUCCAGGGCCCAGUCCUGCGUUUUUGGCUGCACUGACUUCUUUGGUUGAACACACCGAUCACAUGCUUUUGCCUCACUUUUUACAUCAGAUAGCAGAAGCUUAUUAUCUUGAAGAGGACUAUCAGUGGGCAGUUCAGUUCCUUCAUUUGGAGAUGCUAUACCACGAGAGACUGCUUUCAAACUUGGCCUCUAUGCAGAAGGACUGGGAAUCCCGAUGGAAGAUUGUCUCUCAAGCCAAAAAGUGUUCUUCUGUGAAGAUCCACUGUACUGAGACUGAAACAAAGUGCAUGAACUCUCUGAAUCACAUCUGCCGAACACACCAGAGACCUAAUCGCAGUGUGGAAAAGCAGGUAACCAAGGAGAGCAUUACAGUUCAACAAACAAGUACAGGAACUCCUUUUAAAAUGAAGGAGUGGACAGAACUGCUACAGAGUGACCCAGAAGAGGAAAAUGAGGAUGAAGAAGAGGACAGAGAGGAGGCUCUGGAGGCUGAAAGUUUGAAGGAGGUGGUACAGGAGGAGGUGGCCAGAAGACAGCAGUUAUCUGGGGAAGAACUGACUGAACUCAUUGAAGUUGAGGAGACCUUUCCUUCCAAUGGUCUCAUCUCCAUCCUGAAGAAGAGAGCAUAUCCAGAAGAAUCUAGUUAUGUCAAUCCUUCUCCACCCAGAAGCUCCUCCAAAUUGAAAGUCCGCUUCAGUGAAACGGAUACCUUACUGGACAACGAUGAAGUGAGUGAAGACUCCUGUUUGUUCUUCCUUCUCCUGUGCCUGGUAACGGUGAUCAUCAGUAUGGGCAGUACCAUGCUCUACUGCUUCCUGGGUGGAGCUUAUUCUAAUAUCUGCACUGAUUUCUCACACAACAUGGACUUUUAUUUUGGAUUUGUACACCAAGUAGUGGACACUUUCACAUACUGGUUCAUUCCAGCAGCAUCAUAGCCCUGUUGGACUGAUAACACACUUCUGUUUUUCCUUCAUCUGGUCUGUUUUCAUUCUCAAACAGCAGAAACAAUGGAUACCUCUUUAUGGUGUGAUAUGCACAGACAAAAUGGACUGAGCUUCCACUAUACACAAAUAUAUGUUGUACUCAGAUAUAUUCACACUAUAUACUAUAUAUUGUGUAGAAUUCACAUUAUAGUCACAUCCGAUUAACUAAUCCUAUGCACUGACAGCUUGCUUCACCAGUUCUAUUUUAUUUCUAUUGGUUUUUAGAAAGAAACAACAUUCCUUAAUUAUGUAUUGGCAAAUUUUUUAGUGCACAACUUGACAAUUUUAUCACUAUGGAAUUUGCUUGCUUAUAAAUCUUAACCUUGUUUUGUAUUCAGACAAUAUUUCAUGCUCACAAUAUUUUAUUAUUUACAGCUGCACACAUCUGGAAAUUUCACUGUGCUAAACAGUACAUCUACUUGUAUAGAUACAACAAAUGGAUAAUUUUCCUUCAGGUUUACACAUGAUGUGUAAGAAUAAGGUUUGAUUUGCUACAACAGAGAACCACCAGCACAGGUCCAGAUGAAAAACAGUCUUAUGUGUUCUGGCUUUACUGUUUAGAGAAUCUGUUUGAUAAUUUGUACAUAAUUAUGGCUAGAUUCAUUUGUGUCAAACACUGAAAUGUAUCUUUGUAUUUUUUUUUCAUAUUCUGGACUUGAGCUAUGUAUAUUCGCUGUCACAUUCUUAAAAGUCUGUCUGAAAAAGAUGCUUUCAUUAAGUGUGCCCUCAUUCACACAGACAUAAAGUGAACUGUAUAAAUGUAUAUAAUCCUUCAUGCUAAAUACAUACAAAUAUGAAUAUAAAUACAGGCAAAACUGAAAUCACUGAUACCCAUAAAGUGCAAACAUUAUGUAUAAAAUCCAACAUAUAACAUAGUGAUUCAAAUUGUCCUCUGUUCUUGGGGGGAGGGUGAUCUUUUCUACUUCUUUCCUCUAGAGUAUCACAGCUGUUAAACAGUGCUCAAACCAGAUAUACGUAUCUAGUGAUAGCACAUGUGAGCAGAAACUAAGCCCAUGUUUACAUUAGACCGUAUCAGCGGAUCAUCAGAUUAACGUUUUUAAAACGAUUAGUGUGCACACAGCAACACCAAUACACGAUUUGCGUG